AUGGCUCAACAGAUAUCUUUAAGACUUCUAGUUCUAAGCCCUAAGGCAGUAAAGCAUAAGCUUAGCCUUAUAAACUAUCGGGAGCUCUUACUUAGCUUUGAGCCUCUUUUAGGUAAAUAUUUAGGCCCUAACCUUAUAAAGCUUCUUGGUUGUAUAAAGGCAUUACUAAAAAAUAAUAUAACUGAGUACUGGUCUAAUAAGAAGGACUAUACUAUCUGUAUAAACCAGAGGAAAAGAGAGAUUACUUAUAUACUUAAGAAAAGAAAAAUAGGCUAUACCUUAUACUUAAUUAAGAACAAUGGUACUAAGAAGAAAAGAGUUCCCUGGAAAAGAUUAAUACUUACUGCUCUUAAGGCUGUACGGGAAAAGCUUAAUAAAUACUAUACUCAGACUUAUAACUCUUAUAGUGAUCUUUUUACUAUUAUAACUAUCCUUUAUCCUCAGAAGAAGUUAAGAUUCUUUACUACCCAGGAAUAG